AUGGGUGUUUACCGAGUCCUCGACCCUGUUAGGGACUGGGACCGCGCCCACCGCUGGACCAUGUCGAAGCAACUAUGGGAGGCACCCACGUCCUUUGACUUCUUUCAGGUCUGGAAGGAAAAGCCACAGCAUGUCAUCGAGGGAUUCAACAUGGAAGGCUUUCUAAAAGCAGGGAGCGGCGCCGACGUGGACGAGUUUGGGAGGCUUCUCCUGGUGGAGUUCAUGGGGAUCGAUGACACGAAGCAGUGGUUUGCGGAUACAGGCGAAUCGGUAAUUCGGGCGUGGGAAUGCGUGGCAGUGGAGGAAGUCGACCUCGGCCAAGUCAUCACCGCCACCAAGACGCUUGACAUCGGCAGUCGGACGAGGCGUGCAUGCGCCCACCCGGACCACAACCCGGACCACAUCCUAGAUCUCGUCCUCGACCUCGACCACGACUGGCCGCCUCCACGCGCCACGACUAUGAUUCCAAGCUCGGACGAAAGCAGCGGAGACGCACGCGCGCCGCACGCGGUCGUGGCCGCGCUAUGCACGUCUCUCGUGGCCGCAGACGCCACCAAGUAUGCCCGGGGCCGCCGUCUCAUGGGAUCCGGGGCGUUGGCCGAGGUGACGGGGUAUGCGUGGCGAUGGUGGGCGCACCACUUGGGGGCCGGGGGUGGAGUGGUGGACGGGGAUGUGGUUGGUGCGGUCUGCGGGGGUGCGCUGGAGGCUGUCGACUCGCUGAAGGGUGCGGUGGUAACGGUGGUGGAGAGGAAGGGCGAGGAAAAGUCGCGGUGUGGGAGUGGCGGUGGGACGGUGGGGAGUAUCCGGGCGGAGAAGGUGGUGCAGGCGGUGGAGGGGGUUGUUGCCGUGCUGGUAGGGCUCGGUAGGGUGGACUGUAUCGGGGAUAGGCUGGGGGAGGUGAGGGAGGUGGCGGGGAGCGUUGGGCGGUCGGGGCCCGGCGGGGCGGAGAGGAAGAGAGGAAUGGAGAAGAAGGACCUCGAGGUUCCCCGACGGGUUAGCGAAGAGGUGGCACGGCGCGACGCGAUACUCUCCCGUCUGAACGCGGAUCAAAAGGAAGUCGCUCUUCUCGUCGUGCGGCUCGCGGACUCGUUUGCGGAACUGGUAAACAUGGUUGAUUGCUGCCCCGAGCUCGACGAGUGUCCUGCCGACAUGGCGGCGGCUGGCGGUCUUUCGCCCGUGCAGGCGGUUCGUAGGUUCGCGGACUGGAGCGAGACGUUGGCCGAGCACUGUUUUCUCCCGAUCCCGGGCUCGUCGACGGCGGCGGCUUCUAUUGUUAGCUCACCAUCGCCUAGCAUGCCGAUAGCCGCGGCGGACCACGAGCCAGCACGAGCGCGCGGUGCGAGCACUCUACCAUCAGAACGUGGUGCAGAGAAACAAGCGCCAUCGUCGUGGGCAAAGUCCGCCGGAUUCCUCAAACGCACGCUGUCCCUCGGCACGUGGACGGGCCGCCACUACACCAUCCUCGCAUUCGGGCUCGCUCGGCACCUCGCGCGCAGCAAGGACACCACCAUCCUCCCCAACCCUCUUUCCCUCCGGCCCCACUUCGCCGCCGACCUCUGGCCCAAGGCCAAAGCCUCCCUCCUAGGCCGGGGCCACCGCCACGCCCUCGCCAUCUCCGUCCUCGCCGUGCUAGUCCACCAGAUCCGGCGCAUCCUCCUCCCGACCGCCGCGCAGCCUCUCCACCACGCCCCGCUCACGAACCUGAAGCUCGCCCUGCGCAAUCCGGCCUACUUUAUCGACUCGGCCCUGUCCGUCACGGCGAGGCAGGUCCUCGUCGCCCUCGUCCAGAAACACCUCUUUGACCGCCUCGUCGGCCACCUCGCGCUCUCCGUCCUCGUCCGCGACGCCGAGGUCCGCGGAGCGGGUCGUGCUCACGUCGCCGCCGCCGCUAGCGACGCCCAGGACCCCUUUUCCCGUCCGGUGCUCGACACGGCGCAGAUCCUCUACGUCGCGUGGGUGCUCGCGGGGCUAGAGUACCUCUUUUCUCAAGUCGCGCUCGCCGCCUCCUUCGCCAUGGCCUACGCGCGCCUCCUCCCGCCCUUGGCUCCGGCACCCUCCCACACGGCCUACCUACGCCGCGCGCUCGCCGCCCGCCCGCUUUACGCCGUCCUGCUGCACGGGUUCCUCGUCGCCCAUGCCUGUCUCUCAACUGCUAGCCUCGCGUCAGCCUGCUUGCUCGGCGCCUCCGCUGGCCGAAUGGGGCUCCUGGCGGGAGCGGCGGCGGUGGCGGGCGCGACAGCGUACGUUACCCGCUUCUCUAACAAGCUGUACAUGGCGCUGGAGCUGAGCGACGGCUUCUUGGUCGCGGCGCUGUGCGGCUGCGCGAUCCAGUACGUAGCACGGGCGUACGUAGGGAGUCACCGUGAUCUCUAA